GCCAAACCUAGUAAUACUCUAACCUGCCUGCCUUUUCAGCCCUACUACAACCUAUCAGCCAGUCCCUAGAGACAUUCUCCUUACAUCACACUGAACGCAAUUACCCCAUCACAUUCUAUGCAUUUAUUCAGGCAUACUUUAUAAGAGGUUUAAGGUAUAUUUCCUCCCUACAGAUUGUCUUUUCCUUCUCCCACCUGCUCUGACCGCAUUUUAUUCUGGUCUUCUCUUUUUUCUUUCACAAGUCCAAAGGCUUCCUAGAACCUGCUUAUUCUAUAAAGCUGUUUAGUUCUCUUCAAGAACACUAAAUCUUCCUUCUCAAUCUAUUACCGUUUUUUGGCUUCAAGUCCAUUGCUACAAGUUCACAUUUACCCAUUAUACAUAGCUGCAAUUCUUCCUUUGUUUUUUUUUUGUCUGGGAAGAAUGAGUAUAAGGAAUGGUGAAACAGUGACAAAAGCACUGCUUAAGAGCCUUUGCUGUGCCAAUGGGUGGUCUUAUGGAGUCUUCUGGGGUUUCAACCUGCAAAAUUCCUUAUUGUUGACGCUGAGGGAUGCAUACUAUGAUGAACAGAUGGGCGGGAUCAUUGACGAUAUGCUUCUGCAAGUUCAUGUUCUAGGGAGUGGGGUGGUUGGUCAAGUUGCUUUUACCAAGAAACACAAAUGGAUGUUUUCCGACUCUAAUUCUGCUUGGCAGAGCCACCAUGGUUUGCCUGAUAAUAGUGAGUUCUUACAGGAUGAUUCUGAAUUUUAUGGGCAAUUUUCCUGUGGGAUUAAGACAAUUGCAGUAAUAUUGGUUGAACCUUUUGGGGUGGUGCAAUUUGGAUCCAUGGAGAAGCUCCCAGAGAGGAUGGAGUUUAUCAAGGAAGCGAGAAAACUUUUCCUGGAUAUAGAUAUGGAAACAUUUUUGCCUGAAAUCUCAGCUUCACCAGAAAAUGGAGAAAUUUUCCCCGCUUUGGAAUCUCUUCCUUCAUCAAUCACCAAUUCUCCCUACCUUAUGAGCCCAGAAACUCUUCCCAGUCCAGACUUUGCUGAUCUGCUGGAAUUUGAUUACCAGUUUCAAAAUCACAGCACAGGAACUUCUUUGAUGUAUGAUAUUUCUCAGUCAUUUUCUCCUGUGGUGGGUCGGGCCCAUAACGGGCUUAAUUCGACCAAUGAUGACCUCUCAUGUGCCACAAGUGUGAUUUCAGAACCCAAAAUGAGUGACCAGACAGAUAUCCUUCUCAAUGUGUGCAACUCCUUUAAUCAGAUAGAGAAAAACUUGAAUAAUAUUGGUUCAAAGUGGACAGAUAACUCAGGGUGCCCCUCAGAGAACUCAAAUGUUUCUCAAGAAUGGCCGUCAAAUAGGUUAUUCUCCCAAUUAGGCCUUGACCAGUUGUUGAAUGACAUUCCUGGGAGCUCUUUUGGCGGUUCUAGUUGCAACGAUCAGUCAUUAUCAGCAGGAAGCACGAGGAAGAGAACGGGAAGUCCUUUAGCGACCAGCUACUCAGUCAAAACUUCUCAACUUUAUAGCAACUUGAACAUACCAUUAUCUAAGGAUCAUGAAAAUACUUCAAAACCAACAAAGAAGAAGGCUAAAAGAGGUACUCGGCCCGUUCCAAAAGAUCGUAUACGCACCUAUGAACGUCUUGCAGAAUUGAGAAAGCUCGUUCCAAAUGGUGAAAAGAUGAGCAUUGAUCGUCUGUUGAAUCAAACUAUAAAACAGUUACUUUUCUUGCAAAGUGUCACAAAGCAUGCUGAAGAGCUUAAAAACGCAAAUGUGCUUAAGGAAAGAGAGGGUCAGAAAGAGACUGGCUUCAAUAGUAAUGCCAACGGAGUGACAUGGGUGUGUGAAAUCGAAAACCAAACAAUGGUUUGUCCCCUAAAAGUUGAGGAACUUUGUACGCCUGGCCAAAUGCUUAUAGAGAUCCUAUGUCAAGAACAAGGUUUCUUUUUGGAGAUUGUAGAUAUAGUCCGAGGUUUUGGGUUGAAUAUACUGAAAGGAGUCAUGGAACUUCGUGUGACCAAGAUAUGGGCACACUUCGUCGUUGAGGCUGAGGAAAAUCAGAUUGUGUCGAGGCACGAGAUAUUUUCCUCCCUUCUUCAACUGUUACAAGUGGCAGGGCCAAGUGAAUUGUGUCUGAAUGAUCAAGUUGGUAGCAAUAGAGAUGGAAGGAGUAGUCCAUUAAACAGUUGCUCUGAAUAUGUUGUUCCCUUUCUGAUUGGCAUGCCCGAGGGAAUGCAAUGCAUGAACUUAGUGUGAAGUUAAUUUAUUACCCGUGCACGUGGAAUACAGUUUUGGAAUAGAAAAUCUCAUCUCGGCCGAAUAGUUGGUUGUCAUAUUGAUCUCUAGUGGAGAGGAUGGAUAGAAUGGGGAAUUGAUGAAUGAAUAUAGGCACAACAGUGAAGAAAAUGAGUGUGUGUUUCUAUUCCAGAACUGUAUUCAUAUUUGCCUUUUGUGAUUUGAAAACUCAGGGGGUGUUUACUUUUUUUUCAUCAAGUCCUGAAUGGAUUAAUACGUCUGUCUGCAUUAAGUUGUCUGUCUGGAUUAAGUGACAUUGAGAUAACAAACUUUUUACCAAGUAAAC